AUGGAGACAAAUAAUGUUACCCAGCUUCAGCCAAUGCCCAUAGCCCGCACCGCAUCCGCAUCCCCAAAGCCCCUGACUGUCUGGAACAACGCCAUCACCUGGAUCGGUCCUCGAUCCCGUGCCUUCCAUGGGCGCCUCCACUCCUCGCCACCAUUCCACCUCCCCCUUCCAACGAUCCCUCCUCUCCAGGCGGAUCAUCACGUUCGCGCUAUACGCGCUGGUCCCGCUCGCCCUCCUCCACUACCUCCUCUCCUUCCCUCCCUCUCCAGCCCCGACCACCUCCUCGCCGUCACCGCCGCAGGGGCUCAAAACCGCCGCCGCUGCGGGCGCCGCCGGUGGAGCAGCAAGAAAGAUCGCGGCGCCGCCAAGGUGCGACUACUCGGAUGGGGCGUGGGAGCGGAGCGAGGCGGGCCCGCUGUACAAUGGCACGAGCUGCGGCGAGACGAUCAAGGCCGGCCAGAACUGCGAGGCGCACGGGCGGCCCGACACGGGGUACCUCCGGUGGCGGUGGCGGCCGCGCGGGUGCGCGCUCCCGCCGUUCGACCCCGCCGAGUUCCUGCGCCUCGUCCGCGGCGCCACGUCGCCUUCGUGGGCGACUCGCUCGCGCGGAACCAGUGCGAGUCCCUCGUCUGCCUGCUCAGCUCCGCGUUUCCGGUCCAGCUGGUGCGCGGCGCCGGCGGCGGCAACGGGGACGGGGACGGGGACGGCGACGAGCUCCGCAAGUUCCGGCUCUGGGCGUUCCCGUCGCACAACGCCACGGUGUCCGUGUUCUGGUCUCCCUUCCUGGUGAACGGCACGGAGAAGGCCAAGGGGGCAGCGGUGGGGAAAGGGCUGGACCACAACCGGCUGUACCUGGACCAGCCGAACGAGCGGUGGGCGGCGGAGGUCCCCGGCAUCGACGUGGUGGUGCUCUCGGCGGGGCACUGGUUCCUGCACUCGACGCUCUUCUACGACCGCGGCGCCGUGGUCGGGUGCCACCACUGCCCGGAGCCCAACCGCAGGGAGACGGGCUUCUUCGGCGCGUUCCGCCUCGCCGUCCGCGGCGCGCUCCGCGAGGUCGUCCUCCGCGGCGCCAGGGCGCAGCGGCGGCAGGGCGGCCGCGGGGGGCCGAAGCUGGCCGUGCUGACGACCUUCUCGCCCGCGCACUUCGAGGGGGACUGGGACAGCCCCACCGCGUGCGCGCGCACGGAGCCGUACGCGCCCGGGGAGCGGGCGAUGGAGUACAUGGACGGCGAGAUGCUCCGCGCCGAGGCCGAGGAGGUGGCGGCGGCGGGCGCGCGGGCGCGCGGGGCCGGGGUGACGGUGGAGGCGCUGCAAGUGACGCGGAUGGCCGGGCUGCGCGCGGACGGGCACCCGGGCUCGUACAUGCACCCGUUCCCGUUCGCCGGCGGCGCGAGGGAGCGGGUGCCCAACGACUGCGUGCACUGGUGCCUGCCCGGGCCCAUCGACGCGUGGAACGAGAUCCUGCUGCAGGUCGUCAAGCGGUGGGCCGACGGGGUCGACGCCGACGCCUCCUCCUCGUCGUCGUCGUUGUCGCCAUGA